GAGCAAUGAUGUUUCUUCUUUUUCUCCCACUGCUGUUUCAACCUGGGGCUUCUACACUUAACAGAAAUAUAAUAGUGGCAAGCAGAAAUAAAACUUUCUUAGAAGAUGACUGUUCCUCUGAAUCCCCUAAAUCUGCUGGUAAAAUGCCUCCACAGUCUCCUCCGUUAAAAAUCCCUUUCCGUUCCCUGCCUGGAGUAAACAUGACGGAUUUUACUAUUUGCGCUAGAUUUAAAGAAUACAGCUUCAGUCAUGGUAUAUUCAGAAUCCAAAAUGGUGGCGAGGAUUGGUUUGUCUUUAGAACAUUGAAAAAUCUUGGAAUAAAUUUACAUCUCAUCAGUUUAUUUCAUCAGAGUGAACUGUUUCGAGCAGAUUUGUCUCCUAUCACCUGGCACAGCAUUUGUAUGUCCAUAGAACUAAAAACUUUGAGGUUGAAGAUUGUCAGUGAUGGAGAAUUAGUCAAAGACAUUGUUGACGAACAUCUUCUCAAUGCCACUGUUAUUACAACUGAUAACCUGACAAUGAACAUUCUGGAAGAAGAUGAUCAUGCAAUAUCAGACAUUAAUGUCUGGAGCAGUGCUCUGCAAGAUCUUGAAAUGAUUAACUGGACUCUCUGCAUACACGGAGAUAUUGGGGGUAACCUCAUAUCCUGGAGUCAGAUAGAUGAUUACAGGAACCAAACCAACAUCUUGUUGAAAACUAUGAAUCUUCAAGCCUUCUGUCGAGCUUCUUCCCCAGGCGUCAAAUUUCUCCCCAAUAAACGAACCUUCCAUCAAUCCAUUGAAGCGUGUAGAAAGUUUAGAUCAGAAAUUUACACCUUUAACGAUUCAGUUGCAAAUACUUACACAUUUGACAUAAACAUCCCAGGAGAUGAUCCGAUCUGGUCUGGGUAUACGGACUUCAAGGUGGAAGGAGAGUUUAGAGCACUAUCAGGGGAUUGGUUUGUAACUUCCUCUAGGUUGAUCUGGAGAUGGGGAGAACCAAAUGGAAAUGAAUCUGAAAACUGUGCAGUGAUCCCUGGCGUGUAUUCAAACCAACUUAACGACUAUCCCUGCAACUCUGAUGCAAUCACAGCUUGUAACAUCAAAGAGGUUCCAAAAUUUCAUUUCCAAGGACAUCAGUUUGAAGAGGAAGCUUUUAUCAUGAACAUGGCUGAACAUCUAACCAGGGACCAAUAUUACUUUCAAGGCUAUUAUGGGACUACUAUCACAAGUGAGUAUGAGCCCGAGGAAAAUAAAUACGAAUGGACCUUCCUGAAUGGAGAAUACAAAUAUGAAACGUGUACGCCUGAUCUUCCAAUCGGUACAUGGGACUGGAAAUAUGAUGACGACAAGGUUAUAUGGAUGAAUUUAAAUGCGUGCAAUAAUUCUGAGUUUAGUUGCAGGGAUGGUGAAUGUAUUUCUAAAUGGAAGAGAUGUAAUCACAUCUUGUUCGAAUGUGAGGAUAAGUCCGAUGAAGCUGAUUGCAAGCAUAUUGAAUUAAAAACUGGAUACAACAAAGUUGUUCCACCGAAUGCUGCGAAUGAAGAGAUAACAAUACUUAACAUGACGAUAUGGAUCAAACAUGUGUUAAACAUGGAUAUCAAUAAUAUGAAAUUGUCUUUAUUAUUUGAAAUAAAAACUGAAUGGCAAGACAACAGGGUUUAUUUUUUAAAUGUUCACAGAAACUGGAGUUCUAACCUCUUAGAACUAGAGGAAUGGCAGAAUAUCUGGGUUCCUAACUUUCUCUUCUUAAACGCAGAAACAACUUUAACAUCUGCAGAACAAGCUGGAGAACCAACUAGUCUUAUGUAUUUGAAACUUCUCAAUGAAACCCACCAGCCGAAAGAUUCAUCUAAAUUAGUACAAGAUUUUUACUACGACGGUAUGGAUGUAGUGAUAUCUAAAGAUAACUUUUACACAAUGGAUUUUCUCUGCUUGUUUGAUUUUGCUUAUUAUCCAUUUGAUUACCAAACCUGCUCGAUCAGGAUAACUCCACAAACAUCCAGACCAGAUUUGAUUGAUUUUAAUGUAAACACAUCACUUUUGUUCUCAACCUAUUCAACGUACACCAUAACCUUGGAAUCCACUCUUAUCGGAUAUGAUUCAAAUCACAGAGCCAAGACUGUUGAAGUUUCCCUGAAAUUUAAAAGAAAUGUGGUUCCUAUAGUUCUAAACACCUACCUACCAACAGUAAUACUAACCAUCAUUAACCAACUUACAAACCAUUUCAUAGGACAAGAAAUGUUCGAAGCAAUCAUCUCAAUAAAUGCUUCUGUUUUGAUGACGAUCGCAUCCUUGUUUAUUGCAACUUUUAACACCCUGCCGAAUACAGUUUAUAUAAAGAUGAUUGAUAUCUGGAUGAUUGUGACCUUUGUUUAUCCAUUUAUCAUCAUUCUCCUCCACACCUGCAUUCAUGUCAUCAGAAAGUCUAAUCAGAAAAAGAAUAUGAGGAUUCUGAAUGGUCUGGUUAUUACUGGAAAAUUGAUUUUACCAGGAGGAUUUCUUAUAUUUUCUUUUGUCUAUUUUUUAGUUGGAUUCAGGAAUGUUUUCAAUUAAAUAAAAGGAACCUUGAUUUUCCAACAGUUUUGAAUAAUACGUUUCUAAACUUGAUAUGAAAAAAGGCUAUUUUUUUCUUCAAAUAAAACCGUUCUGACUUGAAAUUUGAAAACUUGACAAUAAAGCUAGUAUUAUAACUUCCAGCUUUUGCUUUUUAUCUCAAAUGAUCUAUUCAAUUAAAAAUCGCUAUUCAAACCUUGUAUUUAUGCAUGGGACAGCCUGUUUUAUUUUUGGUAUUUUCAAAAAACAUAUUUAGUGUAAAUUUUAAACAUC